UCUGGAGCAAGAGGCGGGCUCUUUGGAAAAAAGCAGGAAUGCGCUGAGAGUUUUCCUUGCAAGCUGUCCUCCUCCUGCCUGCACGUUAAAACUCGCCCGUCCUGACAUGGAGCUGUGGCCACUGGCUCUCCUGCUCGUCCAGUUCUGUCUCUGCUCCGGAUAUGAAGGGUCAGGGCACUAUGGUUACGGAGACGACGAGGACUGGUAUUCUCGUAGAUAUAAAGGAACCCCGUGGUGCGCGCCCAUUAAGCUGAAGCACGGUGACUCGAGCUGCCGCACGCCCAGAGGAGAGCACUACAGGAACGUGAUGGGGACGAGGUGUAAAAUCCGCUGCAAAAGGGGUUACGAAUCCCAGAAUACGGAGGUGGUGUGCAUGGCCAGCAAGCACUGGUCCUCCAACUACGCUUGUCGGGAGAUCCGCUGCCCAAAGCUCAAUAUGCUGGCUAACGGAGGCUACAAAUGCUCGGACGGCUCCUACUACAACUCUCGCUGCGAGUUCUUCUGUUCUGCUGGAUAUUCCAUGAAAGGCCAGAAAACAUCCGUCUGCCAGUACAACAAGGUGUGGAGCGCUGGAGUCCCCACAUGCAUCGAUAUUGAUCCCCCGAAAAUCAAGUGUCCCAAUGUCAAGGAUAAGUGGGCAGAACCAGGAAAACUGACGGCGAGGGUGACUUGGGACACACCUGAGGGCGUCGACACUGCAGACGGCAUCCUCACAGAUGUGACCCUGAAAGGGAAACCACCGAAAUCCGACUUCCCAGAAGGCCUUCAUAAGAUGUCCUACAGCGUGUUUGACCGGGCCGGGAACAAAGGGUCCUGCCGCUUCACCAUCAGAGUGCGAGUACGUCGCUGCAGCCCCCUGUUCCCUCCAGACAACGGCUACAUGAAGUGCGACAGUGACGGAGACAACUACGGCGCUACUUGUCACUUCUCCUGCACCGGCGGCUUCGAGCUGCAGGGCAGCGCCGCCAGAGUGUGUCAGUCUGGACUCUCCUGGUCUGGUUUAGACACAACGUGUGCACCCAUGAACAUAAAUGUGGGGGUGCGUUCGGCCGCGGCGCUGCUGGACCAAUUCUACGAGAAGCGGCGGCUCCUCAUUAUCUCGGCGCCGACGGCUGCCAAUCACAAUUACCGUUUCCAGAUGACUAACCUGCAGGUGAGGCACGACUCGGGCGUGCACACACACUCACACACACGCACACAC